AUGAGUGGGUUCCCGAUGGAGACGGGCUGGCAGAAGAUGGGACGGCGCUGCCGAGAAGAACCGCUCGUGCCCGUGGGUUGUCUGGCUACUGCAGGAGUGUUGAUCGGUGGCCUGGCGUCGUUCCGCCGCGCGGCCGACGCGGCCACGCAGCAAAAGUUCAUGCGCCUGCGGGUUGCGGCUCAAGGCGCGACUGUGAUUGCGAUGGCCCUUGGCGGGUUCAUUGCUAUUAAGCCAAAGAGGAGCGACCCGGUUGAGCACGAUGAGCAGUAG